AUGUUGGACAUUCUGCGUGGACUAUUUUGCUUCCCUCAACGGAAGUCCUGGAUCACAUUGAUUGCCGAGACUGACGAGCAGAAUGAUAUUCUACAGUGCGAUGAGAAGAAGCCGAGUUGCACCAACUGCGAUAAUCAUGAUGUUGAAUGCUCGUUCUUAAUCGUUGCCCCGACACCUCCAGCUUCAGAGACAGUAUCGCCAAAUGCGACAAUAUCUGAAACAUCGCCCGAACACCAGCCAAAACCACGAUCUCGACGAUUCCGACCCUAUGCUUACUGCAAUGGAGGACUGAAGCAGACUUUCAGAUUGACCAAUCCCAAGAAUCAAAACCAAGCACCGAUCGAAGAAGCAGAGCCACCAAUCGAAUUCCUACCCUUCGAGUCCAUCUCGCUGGCCGAUCUACAACUGUUCCAUAACUUUAUUAUCUCAACAUCCCAAACCAUGACGGAUGACGGUGACCGGAACGGUAUCUGGCGAAAUCACAUUGUUCAAUGGGGCAUGGAAUUCCCUUCAAUCCUACACCUCAUCCUCGCUCUGUCCGCCCUCCAUCUCGCAUACACAAACCCUGAGUCUCGCGAAAGAUACAUCCAACAAGCAGAUGACCACUUCACAUUCGGCGUCCGAACAGUGACAAGCGUGCUAUCCCAGCUCAACGCCGACAAUUGCCAGAAGAUCUACAUGGCCGCUGCAUUAAUUUGCUUCAUCUACUUCGGCCAUGGACCCCAGCCAGGUGAAUAUCUCAUCUUCAGCGAUGCAGGCGCUGCCGAGUGGAAAAUUCUCUUAGGAGGCGUGAAGACGAUCGUCUUCUCCUAUCAUGCCAAGGUAUUCAGCGGAGUUCUGGAACCAAAGGUCGAAGAAGUAGAACCGCCGUGUUUGAGCGAGUCUAUGCGUACCGAGUUGCACGAGCACACCAUCCACGUGGAGGCAUUACGGCGACUCGUCGAGGAAGAGAUAGCAGACGAAACUCAGCGAGUCAUGUAUGAAAAAGCAAUCAACGACCUGCUGGAGAUAAUGCGAGAAGUCUACGAGAAACGAUCCAUUGGAGACCCGGGCGUUGGCUUAAUGCAUCUACUGAUUGGUUGGCUUUAUCGAUUGCCCGACGAGCUGGUGGGCUUGUUGGAACGGAAAGAGCCGCGAGCUCUCGUUAUAUUGGCGUAUUGGGCCGUUAUGUUGAAGUAUAUGGAUAAUGUGUGGUUUAUGAAGGGUUGGUCGAAGCAUGUAUUGGAGGGAAUAUCGGGGUAUCUUCAGCCAGAGUAUCGGCCGUGGAUUGAGUGGGCUUUGCAGAGAGCGAAACAGGAUAGUCGAUUAUGA